AUGGCUGAGAAAAGCAAGAUCUUGAUCAUCGGAGGCACCGGAUACAUUGGUAAACAUAUUGUGGAAGCAAGCGGAAAGUCUGGGCAUCCCACUUUUGCUCUGGUCAGGGAAUCAACCAUCUCUGACCCCGCCAAGGCCAAACUCAUCGACCAUUUUAAGUCUCUGGGCGUUAAUCUGGUCCCUGGGGAUCUGUACGAUCAUGAAACCUUGGUGAAAGCCAUAAAGCAGGUAGAUGUGGUCAUAUCCACGGUGGGUCACUUGCAACUUGCCGAUCAGGUCAAGAUCAUCGCCGCUAUCAAGGAGGCUGGCAACGUUAAGAGGUUUUUCCCUUCUGAAUUCGGGAACGAUGUGGAUCGUGUGCAUGCCGUGGAGCCAGCAAAAUCUGCAUUCGCAAUCAAAGUCCAAAUUCGGCGAGCCAUUGAAGCCGAAGGAAUCCCAUAUACGUACGUUUCCAGCAACUACUUCGCUGGCUAUUUUCUGCCCACGUUAGCUCAACCAGGAGUCUUCGCUCCUCCUCCACCCAAAGACAAAGUCAUCAUCUUUGGCGAUGGAAAUCCUAAAGCAAUUUUCAACAAGGAAGAGGACAUUGGAACCUAUACCAUCAGAGCCGUGGAUGACCCUAGGACAUUGAACAAGAUUCUCUACCUCAGACCCCCUCAGAACAUUUACUCGUUCAACGAGCUUGUCGCCUUGUGGGAGAAGAAGAUUGGCAAGACCCUCGAAAAAAUUUAUGUACCAGAGGAGAAGCUUCUCAAGGACAUCGAAGAGGCGCCUAUACCAGUUAAUGUGAUAUUAUCAAUCAACCACUCUGUGUUUGUGAAGGGUGACCACACUAACUUUGAGAUUGAGCCUACUUUUGGGGUUGAGGCUUCUGAGUUGUACCCUGAUGUCAAGUACACCACCGUGGAAGAAUACCUUGGUCAGUUCGCUUGA